ACUUGGAUCAAUGCGAAUUUUAAUGGUUUUUAAUGCAAAACAACAAUUUCACUGUCAAUUUGCAAUAACAAAUCGAAUUCAAAAAUGAUUUUUGUGCAAUCGAUUUUUUGCGUAAAAUUUUCUCACGUCAUCAAACAAGCCAACGUACGGAACGCGUUCGCAUUAAACUAACGCAUUGGAUGUGUCAAACAGUGCUUGACAAUCGAGUUAGCCACAACAUAAAAAAUUGGAAAAACUAGAAUCUGUACGACACACUCUCUUUGUAAUUUACUUGUGAAAAUUUACAUACACAGCAAGUGGAGAGAAAGAGAGACAUCAUCACCAAAUGACAACAAAAAAAAAUUGGUGCAAAAGGGAAAAUUUCGUAUUGCAAACUCUGUUGUCAUCUAUAUAAUAAUUGUGUGGUGUAUAUACUCUCAGUGUCACGCAUUUAUUUUUAAUUAAUUUAUCGUUUCGAUGAUGUCCAAUGUCAGAUCAAUAUUUACGGAAGCGUUGUAAUCGACGUUGAAACACCUUCUAAUUGCGCGAUUCAGUGCGAGCUGUGUUCAAAACAAAAUUUUCUCUACUUGCUUGCCAGUAAUCCAUUUGCAUUUGCAAGCAUUUGUGGCGAAAGAAGUAGGAAAUUCGUGUUAGAAUAAUCAAUUUUUCCCGUGUGCGUGUGCUGUUUGCUUGGUUCCUUUUGGUUGUCAGCAGAUUGUAGAUUAGAAUGAGUGAAAAUGAAGCGACGACGGCGAUCAAAGAACAUAAAGUGAUAAUCAUAGGUGCUGGUAUGGCUGGCCUGUCUGCUGCAAAUCAUAUGAUAAAAAAUGGUUUGACUGAUUUCCGGAUUUUGGAAGCUCGAGGUCGAACGGGAGGUCGAAUCGUUUCGAUCGAUCUUGGUGCGGAAAAAAUUGAAUUGGGUGCAAAUUGGAUACAUGGUGUGCUUGGGAAUCCGAUAUUCGAAUUGGCCAUGGCAAAUGGAUUGGUUAGCAUACUCAAUGCACCAAAACCACACAAAUUGAUUGCAACGACAGAAGAUGGUAAACAGGUGCCGUUUGCAAUACUCCAAGAAAUCUACGAAGCCUAUGUGUGCUUUCUGAAACGGUGCGAAGAGUAUUUUCUGUGUCAGUAUAUACCACCGCCGGAUAUUGACAGUGUUGGCGAGCACAUCAACUAUGAAAUCGAAUUGUAUUUGACCAAUCAACCGGAUGCCGAGGAUAAACACUUGAAAAAAUUGAUAUUCGAAUGUUUGCUGAAGCGUGAAACGUGCAUCUCGGGUUGUAAUAGUAUGAACGAAAUAGAUUUAUUAGAAUUAGGCAGUUACACGGAACUUCAGGGCGGAAAUAUUCUGCUACCAAAAGGAUACAGUUCGAUACUUGGACCGAUGACACAAUCGAUACUGCCCGAACAAAUAGUGCUCUCUUGCCCCGUCAAAACCAUUCACUGGAAACGAAAAUCCACCAGCAAGGCGGACCGGGCUGAAAUGGCAAUCGGUGGUUUGGAAACGGUCGAUGAGGUCGAUUCAGAUGAUUCGGAUAAGACAGUUACCGAAGUACCCAUCAAUCGUAGCUCAUCCAAUGAAAAUCACCGUCAUCGGGAUAAAGUGAAAGUUGUAUGUGACAAUGGCACCGAAUACUAUGCGAAUCAUGUGAUUUGCACCGUUCCGUUGGGUGUGCUAAAGGAAAAUCAUCAAACAUUAUUUGAACCGGAGUUACCCCAAUACAAAUUAGAGUCGAUUGAUCAUCUGCUGUUUGGGACAGUGGAUAAGAUUUUUCUAGAAUACGAUCGACCGUUCUUAAAUAAGGAUAUUAGUGAAGUAAUGUUGCUGUGGGACGAUGACGUCACCGGUGCAAGCGUCGAAAAGAAUUGGUUUCGAAAAAUUUACUCAUUCUCAAAAGUUAGUGAGACCAUGUUGCUAGGAUGGAUUUCGGGAAAAGAAGCCGAGUACAUGGAAACGUUGUCACACACUGUAGUGGCCGAAGUUUGCACCGACAUUCUGCGGAAAUUCUUAAAAGAUCCCUUUAUACCGAAACCAAAGAGUUGCGUAUGCACAAGUUGGCAUCGUCAGCAAUACUGCAGAGGUUCGUAUACGGCGAUUAGAGUCGGUGGCUCUCAGGAAGAUAUUGAUAAUGUUGCACAACCAUUGUAUUCAUCGCCAUUGGAUUCGAAGCCAGCCGUGUGCUUUGCUGGUGAACACACACACUGUAAUUUCUAUUCGACCGUUCAUGGGGCCUAUUUGAGUGGUCGAACAGCGGCACAGAUUCUCUUAACGCCCGAUUCACCGCAAGAAGUUGUUCUCGAAUCGGACACAAGUGAUUUAAGUUCAUGGAUUCAGGGCAUAGCUCUCGAAUAGAAAAUUCGGUAACGAUUGCUCGCUGCGCUUGCAACAUUUUACUCCAUUUCUCAACAUGCGUGCGCCUACCUAUUUGUGGCAUGUCACUUUGGUUUUGUACAAGUAAUAGUUAAAUUGAAUUUACUAAUUUAUUGUAUUUCUUUAUGACAUUUUGCAUUUGAUUUGGGAUCGGAGAACAUUUGAAGCAUUGCAUGAAAUUCGGUAUGAACGAACCAAGCGGAACGGAAUGCUAUAGAAUCAUUAGAAUCGCGUCAACCAUUGGAGAAUUUUAUCUUUUUUUUUGUUUUUUAGACAAUAAUUUUAGUGAAUGCAAAAUGAUCAAUUUUUUUUUAAAGAAGAAGGGAAAUUUUAUUGAUUUACAUACAUUUAUUUUGAGUUGCAACAAAAAAAAACAUUUUUAUCUAGUCUCACAAAAUUGAAUUAAUAAAAAAAAGUGAAUUGAUUGAUUUCCUCCCCAAAAGAGAAUGUGUAACAUAUUUUUAAAAACACUGAGAGAGUAUUAAAAUAAAAUACGACGAAAUUUGAUGAUCAGAUGAAAA